GGAAAGAUAGUCCAGCACUAAAACUUAUGCCGCGAAAACUUCCCCAAAACCUUCCACGACUCUCCUUACUGCUAGUUUUGAUUAUUUGGACGUUAUUAUAAUGGCGUCGUGAGAGUCAAUUGCUGUCAAACUCAACGGCAGAAAUUUUCGCAGACAGCCCAUUCUCCCUCAUUUGGUGCCUCGCGCUUCAGCUUGCUGAUUUUAUAAGGCUUUAGACCAUGGCUGCUUUUUCUGACACAGAGGUUCAUUUCUGGAUGGCCAAAGCAGUGAACUGGGGUGAGACAAUAUCAUCUUCAGCCCUUCUGGACACAAGCAGACACCUUAGCACUCUGAGGAUCUUUCUCCAGCAUGUCCAGCAGGCAUUACAGCAGAUGAGCUCCACUAGUGAGGCAAUGAAUACGUUUCCUUUUGUGGGCCAGUUCCUUGGAAGACUUUGUUGGAACCCAUGUGUUAUUGCGGAUGAGAGGAGCCAGAGUCUCCUGCUGCACUGUUUGAGCUGUCUGUACAGCGCUGAACCUCUGAAUGCUGUUGAACGAAAAGCCAACAUGUGGAUCAAGAAUAUGUUGUGUCAUCUGAUAUCAGAGGAGGAGGGCAGUGUAGCUCAUGCUACAGGAAAACAUGCUGGAACAACACCUAAACAAUACUGUGAGGAAGCUCUUGAGAAGGUGGUGUCAUUAAUGACAGAGAAGGUCAUUAAAAGCUUUGACAGUUUGCCAAACUCAUCAGCAAGAUGUUCAUAUGGGACCAUUAACACCAUGUCAAUGGCAUGUGUUCCCUUGAUCACAUGUCCUCAGAUGUCACCUCUGAUUAAUGCUCUGUUAAAGCAUUCCACAUUGUGUGAUUCUUCCUGUCUGAACGAAGAGUUCAUUGAGGCAGUCAAUGAGGCCUGGCUCAGGAAAAGGCUUGUGAUAGAUGAAGAGGCUGUGGUGGCCCUGUGGUGUCAUAGCCCCACCUUUUUGGAGGGGGCAGCACUGAGGUUACUGGAAUUUGUCUUGUCUGACCCUGAAUCAGUGACACAGAAUUUGGAAAAUCAUGUUAAUGAAUCGUUACUGCCACAAGCUUCAACACUUCACUGCCACAUCUUCCUGACUGUCAAUGAGAUUUACAGGAAUGUGCUGAUGGAGAUUGAUGAGAACCUGCCUGUUAAAACCCUCAUUCAGGUUUACACUCUCUGCUUCCUCCAGAGGCUGACUGGACAGAAACCAAAGGAUCGUCUACCACACAGAGCCUUCUUCCCAAGCGUGAAGCCCAGUUUACUCAGCCCUUUACUGACUCCACCAUCAGAGGUUCCCAGGGAAGCCUGGCUGGAUCAUCUGAGCUGGAUCAGAAGUUUACUGCAGAGCAUUGUGGAGAAUGAGGAGGAGGGAGAUAAUGUCAGGGCUUAUCAGGCUGUCUUUGAGGCUUGGUUUUUGCUGGUGCAGUGUGGGUUCUGGGUAGACACAGCUGCUGAGCUGCUUGUUCUGGCAGCACCUGAGAACUCUGAACCACUUCUCUGGCUUCUGACAUUUUUCCACCACCCCACCAACAGAGGGCACCAGAGGUCCCAACAAACUGCCGUGGCAAGAGAGGCAUGUGCUCAUAUAAGGGUGCUUUUUCUCACUCAUUCGCUCCCUCCCAGACACCACUGUGCUGUGAAAGAGCUCCUGUCCUCCAACCUUUCAACAAACCUAGUCUUGCAUCUGUUUUUAAACUUUGCCAUCUUCUCCCAUGGACCUGUUAGCAUUAUCUCUGAAAUUACUGACAAGGUGUUGAUGGACGCCUGUGUGAAGCGCAGGGCACUGUGGAUUCUUGCCUCGAUAGAAUGCAGACUAAACAGAGCUUCUUCGCUGGACAGUAGGGUUCAUUCCAGGAUGAGAACUCUUCAGGACACACUCCUCGGAGCCUGUGCCGAGAGCCUCACAUAAAAACUCCUAGUUU